UCUCUAGCUCUGUCUCUCGAGUGGAUUAACACUCGAGCACACACAAGACACUCUUGGCAGAGUGCACGAAGCUAAGCAGCGAUGGCCGCUAAGCUCGCCGUCUUCACCGUACUCGCGCUGCUCGGCUCCGUGUCGUGCCAAGCGGGCUACGGCGGCUAUGGCUAUGGCGGCGGCAAUCCCACUCCUCCGACACCCACUUAUCCUCCGGCACCCAGCCCACCCACACCCACCGGACCAAGCCCUCCUCCUACCGCUGGCCUGAGGGUCGGAUACUACGACGACAAGUGCCCCGGAGCCGAAGGCAUCGUCAGGGAGGCCGUGCGCGGCGCCAACGACGGCAUCAAAGCUGGGCUCGUCCGCCUCUUCUUCCACGACUGCUUCGUCCGGGGGUGCGACGCCUCCGUUCUGCUCCAGCCGACGGACGCCAACCCGCAGCCGGAGAUGCUGGGCAUCCCGAACCUGAGCCUGCGCGGAUUCGGGGUCAUCGACGCGGCGAAGACCACGCUCGAGGCGACGUGCCCGGGCGUCGUGUCCUGCGCCGACAUCGUCGCCUUUGCCGGCCGCGACGCCAGCUACUUCCUCAGCGGCUACGCGAUCAACUUCACCAUGCCCGCGGGCCGCUACGACGGCACCGUGUCCCUCGCCAACGAGACCCUGCCCAACCUGCCCCCGCCCUUCGCCGACGUCCCGCGCCUCAAGGCCAUGUUCGCCGCCAAGGGGCUCGACGCCGUCGACAUGGUCGCGCUCUCCGGCGCGCACAGCAUCGGCCGCUCCCACUGCUCGUCCUUCUCCGACCGCCUCCCGCCCAGCAACACCUCGGACAUGGACCCGGCGUUCGCCGCCGAGCUCCAGGCUAACUGCACGUCGCCGACCGGCGCAGACAACACGGUGGCGCAGGACUACAAGACCCCCGACCAGCUGGACAGCCAGUACUACAUGAACGUGAUCAACCACAAGGUGCUCUUCAAAUCCGACGCCGCGCUCCUCAAGUCGAACGAGACGAUUCCACUGGUGUACGCAGCCGCCCUCUCUCCGAAGCUGUGGAAGUACAAGUUCGGGCAGGCCAUGGUGAAGAUGGGCGGCGUCGAGGUCAAGACCGCCGCCAAUGGGGAGAUCAGGAAGAUGUGCGGCUUCGUCAACAAGCCAUACUAGUCCGGCUGAUGGUCAGAACUAUAAACCCGUGAGAUGACCGAGGGUUCGAACUUGACGUACGUGUGAGAUCGAGAGAACACUACGCGUCUAAUGUUGCUUCACUGUGAUAUUUCCUUUUUUUUCAUUAUUUCCAUUUCAGUUCUGUUAUUCUCUACCAUUUCCCCACCAAUGUUGCUUCAUUAUUUUGUUGAAUUUAUAUGCUGCAAAUUUGAUUGUACUACCACUUGAGAUUCCAGAAAGUAAUGGAACGAUAGUAUUGAUAUUUACUAAUUCAGAA